AUGUUGCAUUACCCUUUGUGCAGCCAUCGCAACACCACUGUUGUGCCAGCUACACCAGGGAUGGACAGUCCUUUAUCUCAGUUAUCAGAUUCUAGCACUACGAGUACUCAGGGUGCUACCCCUGUUCUGGCUGUGAGCCAUGUUCCAGCAUCUGGUGCUACAGUGCUGAGAAACCUUCCUCUUGCCCAUGCACAAGCAGAGGAAGAGGAUUCAAAUCACUCAGAGAAAUCAGAGGAUGUUGGUUUCAAGGAAAAUCUGAUCACAGAAGUUUCAGAUAAUGAUUCAUCCUGUAGUGAUGUAGAUAAUGGAAAUGAUUAUGAAUCAUCUACAUCCUCUAUCUUCGAGAAAGCAUCUCAUAUUACAGAUGCAGAAGAAUCCAAUAGAACGGCAAGACCUGCAAGGCUUCGCCAUACUCAGAGUCUUGAUGACCUGGGGAAACAUGAAGUUCAUUUUGGAGGACUACACAAAGGAAGAAAGCUCAUGAAGGAACAGCUUUCUACCAUUGAUGCAGCUGAACAGAAUUUGACAACUGCACAGCAGGAAAUGCUUGCCAAACGUCAGAACAAGCUGAUGGAAGACAAGGGCCGAGAGCAACCUACUGCAUCUCAGACUCCAAUGGCUACAUCUGGACCCAGCUCUUACAUUGCUAAAGAAAAAUUUGUUGACCACAAUCAGGAGAUUGAUAACACUGAAUUAGAUACUCAAGACAUCAAUCAAAAAGUCUCUGAAGGUGAUGUGUCCCAUUCAGAGGCUCAUCCAGAGGUUGAAGAUGGUUUUAUGACUGUCAGAAAGUCUUCUAAGCAUAACAAACAAAAAGGACCUCAGGGAUUAAAACCAAAGACAAAGGUUCACAAAACAGACUGCUAUGAUGCUCUUGAAGUAGAAGAAACAUCAGAUGAAGAUUCUGAGUCAGAUUUGGAGGCAGAGCCUCAACCGAAAAAGGCACCCUCUAAGACAAGUGCAAAAUCUUCAAAACGAAAGACUCUACCACCUGAUAGCUUCUUGGCUGAUGUGUUAGAUGUUGGCAAAUCAAAGAAGAAGCGGAAGGUCUCACCUGAGCGCAAGAAGAAACUCAAUAAGAAAAAGCUUGAGAAACAGAAGCAUAAGCACCAUGCUAGUUCCUCCAGCUCUGAAUCAUCAGAGUCUACUCCCAGUAAUAAGUCUGACUCAGAUUCAGACUCUAAUUAUUCAGAAUCUUCUCCAUCAGAUGAUAGUUCCUCAAGCACUGGUUUGAGCUCAUCGAGCUCAAGUAGCAGUGAUGCAAGCAAUGAGUUGGAUGCAUCAGAUAGCUUUGAGCCAUCCAAUUAUAGACAUCAACACCAUCAUCAUUAUACUAGAAGGCAUGCUGAUGGUGAAAAAUUCCAUUGCUUCACAAUGGAAUUGACUCAAUUCUGCAAAGAAGGUCAGGUUCCAAAGGAUGAAUGGGUAUUUCUGGCAUCACAUUACCUGAAAGGAAAGGCACUAUCUUUCUUCAUUCAGAAGGUUUUGAAAAACCAUGCAGAAUGGACAUUGAUAGACUUCUUGUGA